CGGGUGCGUGAGUUUGGUGUGAAAAAUACAUACACGUAAGAGAACGGACGGAUGUCCUAUCAAUCGUACCGGCGAUUAGUUUCGUUUUCUUGGCAGUAGAAGCACGUCGGCGUUAACAUCGACGGUCAUUACGUUGUUUGUCGCGCGCCAAGAAUUCGCGUCUGCGCAUACCGAACUGUCACGAUUACCGCGUGUCACGAAUUCAUCGUAUAUUUUUUUAUCGUCCGGAACGAACACACGCUUCACUCGAUCAAAAUCAACGUGCAUACAAUCGAUUGUGUUACAAGUGACUCGAUUAUCUACGAUCUACACGUGAAAACAUUAUGCCGUGACAAAUUGUAAGAUAGAGAAAAAGGAUUGAUUUCAAUUCUCCAUGCAAUGGCGGAUUUAACCUUCGAGGAGCCCGAGGCACAUAUACAGAUUUUUGGAGCUCCAUCUUGAUUUAAGAGCGAAAGAUGUACGUGUGGAUUAUAUCGAAACGUACAUUCAUAAAUUCCUUAGUGUCCUACACUCUUGUAUCGAACAAGAACAGGAGAUAUAUAGAAGUAAGAAUUAUAUACUAGGCAAGAGAUAUUAAUUUAAAUUUACAUUGCCUGAGGUGAUCACCUCGCGAGUAAAUCCGCCACUGUCUCCAUGCAAAAACACAGUUAACCUUCAUUUUGAUUGGAGUGAUAGUAUUGGCUGUGUGUGGGUCUUGGUCAACCAAUCAGCGUGCGUUUAAUAUGUACAUCGUGUAGUACGUGGUUGUUGACAGUUUGUUGUCGAAGGUUGGAAUCGAUCGCGUGUAUCGUUCGACGAUACUAUCUCGAUCAUUGACGCGAUCAGGGAUACUGGUCAGUGUGAAGACUGCUUAAUAGCGAGGAACAUGUGCAACCAGGGAAUAGUGGCGAAGCUGAUGUUGCCGGGGAACGACGAGUUAUACCGUGACCACUCUGUUCACGACGAAUCCUGACUGAUUCCACGUUCAUUUCACCAGCUGACUGUCGACCGGGCCGAAGUUGAAUCGCGACGCGGUGAAUACGCGUUCGUUCAAAAGUUCUUACGGUUUAAAAUCGUGGCGCGGCUGAUUCGAUACAAAAGUGUGGUUUCGAGUUAACGCGUACGGUGUAUGGAAUCGAGUCUUUGGCAGGAGGGGCGGCAUGCACGCGAAAUUACACGUUUUCACGUGCAUUCGGUACGCUAUGAACAUCAACGUUCUCGGAUAUAACGGGUGCUUCCCAAGUAGAUGUGCAUCGUCAAACUGAAAGAUGUUCGCAAGACUGUGCAGGCAGGCUCCAAGUGGAGACCUGAAGAGGCGACACUCUUGGAGCAGCGAGGUCGACUACCAUCCAGCGGAAACGGAAGGUGUAGCGACCCCGGAAGAAGAUCCCGCUGCCCCAUCUUCUGAAGAGGAAGACAGAACCUCGUACAAGGAACAUGGCUGUUCGGUGCAGACGGUGGACCUGGUGGCGGACUGUCCUUUACAGGUGGUGACACCGGCGUCGAGGUCGCCGUCACCACCCAGAUCGCCGACGCCAGCGACGUCCUCGACGCCCCUCGCGCCGCCGAGGAGCAUGGGGCAACGGCCAAGCACCCUCUUGCGCCCCAAGAUCUCUCUGACCUGGGUCCUUCGUGGACAACAGCAACCUGCGUCCAAUAAUCAGACGACUCUCAAUGGAAGUGCAGGUGGGAACGGCGAUCGGGAGAGCUUGUCACGAGACGGUAAAGAAAGGUCCUCGAAGAGGAGCGUGAAAAGCGUGAAGGAGAAGGACGCCGGCAAGGAGAACCUGGACACCGAGAAGCAAGAGAAGAAGAUUCUGCACAGGAUCGAGAAGAUCGAGAGGACAGAAAAGCAAUCCAUCGGCAAGGAGGUGCUCGAGAGGUCCCUGGACAGCCCGUUGGACAAGCAAUCCGAGAAGGAAUUUUCCGGUCUGAAAGAGACGAAAGAAAAGGAGAAAGUUAAGAGGGCAGUGUCUGAGCCGUCCCUGGUGUCUCGCGAGUCAACGUCCACACCGAGCGGUCGUGAGAAGCACAGACAUCGAAGGACCAAACGUUCUCACAAACCUAGACCUCCCAGCAGAUUCGGUUACGAAAUUGCGGACCUUGAUGCGUUUCUCACGAAGGCCUCGAUAGAGAAACCCGCCAACAUUCCCGUGGUUCUGUCCUUCCCGUCAGUUCUCUACCAAACGCAAGGAGGUACUCAAGACGAGAUGGCUCUCCCUCUUGGAACGGUCGUCAAUGCUGUCUUCAAGAAUCAAACCUGGUUGUACGUUCAGACGCCACACGGACAAGAAGGAUACGUCGGUUAUGCUGCUUGUCUGCCACUUGGGAUAUUGCCGCAACCAACGCGGGGUCCUUGCUGGGAAGAUUCUACGGAUGUAUUUCCUCGUCCUCUAGGUAACAUGACGGACACCGAAAAAUUAAGGGACACACGAUCAGAGUGCGGAGCUCGAGGCAGAAAUCCAAGAGUAAGACGAAGUUCCAGAGAUGCCGUGUCCGCUUGUGGAGAACGCAGCGUCGACAGAUUGUAUCUGCGAGCGGCGGCAAACGCUAGAACCAAAGGAUCUCGUCACACUUUACUGGUCAUACGCAGCGACUACGAAGGUCAAGGUGGAAACGCUCUGAGCGUUUCUAAAGGUGACGUCGUUGCUCUGCUUAGCGAUCACGUCAGCGACUGGUUCUGGGUUCGUUCACGGGACGGCAGAGAGGGCUUUAUACCUGCAGUGAUCGCGGGUCACGGCUUUCUUUAACUAUAUUCCGCACU